CAUACAGAUUAUCCAGUCAAGUGACAUGGUUGGCCAGAGGGAGGCGCGGUGCAGCCUUCGUCCUUCAUUUGAAUAGAACAAUUAAUGGGGAAGUUUGAAAACCUUGUAAAGCACACUGGAAAGAGCAGGGACGCAAAGACCGUCAACAAGCAAGCUAAGCAUUACCAGGCAUUUUUAGGUAGUCUGGCAGAAGUCACUGCAUGUGCUCCAACUUCACCAGUGAGCUGAAAUAAAUCUUCAGUGGAUGAGGCUAUUGCUUGCCGUCUAACAAGCGUGCCUCACAGUGUGUGACAAAAUUUACAGUGCUGCCUGCAUAGGCAUUCUACGAGGUACGUUGGGAGACUAACACCCCCUUCAUCAUCACACCGUGCGUCUCCUUCUUGGCGCUUUAAACCCGAUCAUCAGUGGAAGUGCUCCGAGCUGCAGCAGCCCAACUGUGACAUCCGUCCACUAUUCAGAGUGUGCUCAGGCUGGCUGGCUGCUGCACAGGCACCAUGGAGCAGAAAUCACCUAAGGAUGAGAGCACCUCCAAGGGACAAGAGUCUCUGUCCUACCAGCGGAGGAUGUGGAAGAAUUUCCAGGAGAAAACCAAGCCUUGGCUCAGUCCUAAACUAGGAUCGGAGCGUCGGGGUGCCGGGGGCGCGGAGGGCAGCAAAAAGGAAUCGGGGUUAUGGAUGUUUAAGAGGAAAAAGAAACAGUUGGACCGGGUGUUUUCGUCGUCUCAGCCGAAUUUGUGCUGCUCUCCGCCGGCUCCCUUUGAAGGAGAUAAGUCCCAUGGAGGCGACGCGGUCCCCGGCACCAGCAGCGACGGGCACCCUCUACAUCCCCUUGGCGCAGCUUCUGGAGCCACGGGGAGCAAACCGGAGCUGACGGCGCACGGAAGCCCUAAACUACCCGUAUCCCAGCUCAUCAUGUACCAGCAGAAGAGCUCCUCUCUCGGCUCGGCGUGCUUCGAGAAACUGGUGGUGGACCCGGCCGCGAUGUUGGGAGAGGAGGAGCAGCUGCGUAAAAACGCAAGUGAUUCUGGCAUCAACAUAGUGGGUCCCAGUAAUGCAGAGCCUCCGCCUCGACCUCCUAGUCCAGCCAUGUAUCAACUGGAUAUCGUUCUGAAGAAAGGGAACAACCUGGCCAUCCGAGACCGGACAGGGACCAGUGAUCCAUAUGUGAAGUUUAAGAUUGCAGGGAAGGAGGUGUUCAGGAGUAAGACCAUCCAUAAGAAUCUCAACCCAGUGUGGGACGAGAGAGUUAGCCUUCUGGUGGAAACCCUGAAGGACCCGCUAUACGUGAAGGUUUUUGACUAUGACUUUGGAUUUCAGGAUGAUUUUAUGGGCUCAGCAUACCUCCACCUGGAGUCACUGGAACAUCAGAGGACACUGGAUGUGACGCUGGACCUGAAGGACCCACAGUACCCUGAACAUAACCUGGGCAGUCUGGAACUAUCCGUCACCCUGACACCGAAGGAGGGAGACGUAAGGGAUGCUACCAUGCUUUUGAGAAGGAACUGGAAACGAUCUAGUAAGUAUCAGAGUAUGCGUCUGUCAGAUGUGCACAGAAAAGCCCAGCUGUGGCGAGGUAUAGUCAGCAUCAGUCUGAUAGAAGGUCGCAGCCUCCAGCCCAUGGAUGCCAACGGCCUCAGCGACCCUUACGUCAAAUUCAGGAUGGGGCACCAGAAGUACAAGAGCAAGACUAUUCCCAAAACACUGAACCCCCAGUGGAGAGAGCAGUUUGACUUCCACCUGUAUGAAGAACAGGGAGGCUACGUGGACAUUACAGUCUGGGACAAAGAUGCUGGCAAAAAGGACGACUUCAUGGGAAGGUCUACCAUCGACCUGUCACAUCUUAGUAAAGAACACACAUACAAGCUGGACCUGCCACUGGAGGAAGGUGAAGGUUUGCUGGUGCUGCUGGUUACACUCACUGCCUCCGCCGCUGUUUCCAUCUCAGACCUGUCAAUAAACAUGCUGGACGACCCGAAUGAGAGACACCAGAUCCUGCAGAGAUAUAGCCUGUGGAGGUCAUUCCACAACCUGAAAGAUGUCGGUGUGGUGCAGGUAAAGGUCAUCGGGGCUGAGGGACUGAUGGCAGCAGAUGUCACAGGUAAGAGUGACCCAUUCUGUGUGGUGGAGCUAAGUAACGAUCGGCUGCAGACGCACACUGUCUACAAAAACCUCAACCCAGAGUGGAACAAGGUCUUCACUUUUAACGUGAAGGACAUCCACUCGGUACUUGAGGUCACUGUUUACGACGAGGACCGAGACAGAAGUGCAGACUUCCUGGGGAAAGUGGCUAUUCCUUUACUAAAUAUCCAAAAUGGAGAACGCAAAGCCUACGCCUUGAAAAGCAAGGAGCUGACAGGGCCAACAAAAGGGGUCAUCUUUCUCGAAAUAGACGUGAUUUUUAAUGCUGUGAAGGCUGGUCUCAGGACGCUGAUUCCCAUUGAGCAGAAGUAUAUCGAGGAGGAGCCCAGAGUGUCCAAACAGCUGCUGUUGCGCAACUUUAACAGAGUUAGACGCUGCAUCAUGUUCCUGAUCAACACAGGCUGCUACAUCAACAGCUGCUUCGAAUGGGAAUCACCACAGAGGAGCAUCUGUGCUUUUAUACUUUUUGUCAUCGUCGUUUGGAACUUUGAACUCUAUAUGAUUCCUCUGGCUUUGCUCCUGCCUUUGGCCUGGAACUACAUCCUCAUCGUUUCGGGGAAGGAUACCAGGCAAGAUGUGCAAGCAGUAGAGGACCUGCUGGAGGACGAGGAUGAGGAUUUUGACAAAGAUGACAAGGACCCUAAACCAGGCCCCUGGGAGGACAGCCGUGAUAAAAACCAUAUCCUCGAGGAUAUGUUGGCUUCCUGGCACUUUGAGUGGAUACGAGCGAUGGUGGACUCGGAGAGAAAGGGCUUCAUGAACAAGCUUUAUGCCAUUCAGGACGUGUGCAUCAGUGUGCAGAAUGCACUGGAUGAAGUGGCCUCCUAUGGCGAGAGGAUAAAGAAUACAUUUAACUGGACUGUGCCUUUCUUAAGCUGGCUGGCCAUUGUGGCUUUCGGAGCAGCCACCAUCAUCAUCUACUUCAUCCCUCUACGAUACAUUGUGCUAGCCUGGGGGGUGAAUAAAUUCACCAAGAAGCUGCGAGACCCUUACACCAUUGAUAACAACGAGCUGCUAGACUUCCUGUCCAGAGUGCCCUCAGAUGUACAAGUGGUGCAGUACCGAGAGCUGAAACUGGAUCCCAAUCCCAGUCCAAAUAAAAGGAAGAAAAACAACCCCGGGUAGAUGACUGUGUCCGCCCACCAACUCUUCUCUUCUCCACUUUUCUUCUCGUGGUCUAUUACUGGACACUGAGGAGCAGAGGAAGACAGCUCCGGACCAGCUUGGCUCAGCUAUCUUUCCUUUUUUUUUCUUUCCUAUUUUCUUCUCUUAAACAUUUUUUUUCUGUCUUUAAUUGCUCAUACGUACAGUACAGUUUCCUGGAGUGUAGUUUUUUGUAUAAAACCCCCCCCAAGAGUACAAGAAAUAUUCAUAUCACCAUUUUGAUUGAUUUUAAAGGCGAGUGGAAAGGAUGGAUGGAAUGACCUUUUUUCCCACCAUGUGAGCCGCUCCUCCUUUUCUUCUCUCCAUCACUCUGACAGCUCGGGGGACUCCAUUUGCUCGCCACAAGUGACUAGUGUCACACAACGAGUAAAACGAGUUCAACAUUGAUGCUCACCAUCCAAAAAAGACAUUUUCAGUGCAUCUGUGUUUAUUAAAAUACAAGCCUUAUACUAACAUUCUGCAUUAUGACUUUGCAAUAUACUUUUCAAGUUUUUUCUUUUCUUUCCUUUUUUUUUUUUUAGCUCAUAUUGUAGUUAUUAAAUGAUUUUGGUAAUAUGCUCACAUUUUCUAAUUGUUUUUGUACUGAAGUAGCU